UCUCCAACUUCAAUGCGUAUAAUCCAUUUGUCUCAUUUGGCCGACGACUAAGAUCGAAGGUACAAAAAUGGAGUUUCCCGAGUGCCCAGUUUGCCUACAAACUUACGACGGCGAGUCCAUAGUUCCUCGUGUUCUCUCUUGCGGCCAUUCAGCUUGCGGAACUUGCCUCGAGAAUCUUCCUCAGCGAUUCCCCGAAACCAUUCGAUGCCCCGCCUGCAACGUUCUCGUGAAAUUCCCUUCUCAAGGCGCUUCGGCUCUCCCCAAAAACAUCGACCUCCUCAGACUCUGCCCCGAGCCGAACGCCGGUGAACAAAUUUCGAAGAAAUCCGUCAAACGACCCAUCCACCAAACCCACGAGUUCUUUCCUCGGCUUUGGCCCGAUGAAUUCUACAGAGCUUGGAAGCACUGGGUUCUGCCGCGCGACGCCGUUUCGAUCGAGCGGUGUGAUGCUGUCGACGGAUUGGAGAGGUUGUUGCUGGGAAGAAUUGGUCCCGUUUCAGAUUCUUCGUUCCCGAUUACGGUUGGUGAAGACCGGACUGUAAGUCUUGUUCGAAUUGUUUCAUUGCCUUGUUCGAAUAGUGAUUGCUUGUUUAAGUUUAGUUAUACUUCUAUGGUUCUGAAAUGCUUGAAUGAGUUGAAGGAUGAGGAGAGAAAUGAACUGGGUUUGAUUUUGGGAGCUGGUUUUGUGAAUAGUGGAAGAGUUGGUAGGAUUUUUGGGUUGUGGGGUAAUUUGGAGGAUGGAUUUUUGUACUUGGUAUGUGAGAGACGAAAUGAGAACUUAGUGGAGAUGAUCAACAAUUGGAUAAAAAAACUUGAUUUCGGAAAUAAGGUUUGCUUGAACAAAGAUGACUUGCUUAGUUUUGCCAUGAUUGCCACUGAAUUAUGUGAAGCAAUCAUAGCUAUGCAUUCUCUUAGGUUAAGUACUGGCUUUCUGAGUCUUUCAUGUUUUAGUCUUGGAGUAUUUGGUAGUGUUUGUGUUGAUAUAAAUGGGGUUUUGGUGAUGGGAAAAACUGUUUGGGAGACAGUGAUGGAAGCUGUUUCUUCCGGAUCAAAACUCCAUGUGAAAGAAUUGGGAAUGCUUAUUAGUAAUCUGAUAAAGAAAGAGGCUUUUGUUCCCCCAGAGGUUUUACUCAAAUUAUUGCAUAAAGAAGACGUUGUGCUUGAAUGCAGCACAACUCUAUGUUCGGUUGGGAACGAGUGCGAUAUUUGGUCUUUGGUUUUGGUUUUGCUGAGUCUUCUUCUUGGAAAGGACUGCUUCAAAGAGACACUGGGGAGUGUUGAAGAAAGUCAUUUUGAUUGCUCUGCCUUUUAUGGGAGUUGGGUGGAGAAACUUAGUUCUUGUUUGGACACGAAGUUCGGUUUGGAGUAUGCAUCAUUGAAACAAACACUCUGCAGGUCUUUAGAUUUUGAUCCUGAAAAUCGUCCAAAUGUUGUUGAACUGUUGAGAUGCUGUAGGGAACUGAUUGUUAGUUCUGAGUUGGAUGCUUUGUCCAGUUUGAAACUUGUAGUUAAUGAAUACAGUGCUGAAUCUGCUGAUCAUUGCUUGGUUCUGGGGGAUCUCAUUCGACUUCCCAACAAAUUGAUAGAAACUCAUAGAGAUGAUAUGGAUCAAAUCACGGAGGAGAAAACAACAAAAGAUUUUGUUGAUGGGAUAUCAGUUGGAAUGGUUAAGUCCAGAGACAUGCUUGGCCAUCGUGAUAGCGUUACUGGUUUAGUAGUUGGAGGGGAUCAUCUUUUUAGCUCGUCAUAUGAUAAGACUGUUCAAGCAUGGUCUUUGCAAGACUUCUCUCAUGUACACACAUUUAUCGGUCACGAGCAUCGCAUAAUGGAUCUGGUAUAUAUUGAUGAAGAACAACCAUUAUGUGCGAGUGCUGAUAUUGGAGGUGGUAUUUAUGUCUGGAGCGUUGCUCUUCCUCUCAAGCAAGAUCCAUUAAAGAAAUGGUACGAGGAGAAGGAUUGGCGUUAUGACGGUAUUCAUGCCCUGGCUUAUUCAAGCAAUGGGUACCUUUAUACCGGUGGAGGCGAUAAAUCGGUUAAAGCAUGGUCAUUGAAGGAUGGCACCUUAUCAGGCUCUAUGCAUGGUCAUAAAUCAGUCGUUUCUGCUCUUGUGGCAAGUAACGGCGUUCUUUACAGUGGCAGUUGGGAUGGAACUGUUCGGUUAUGGAGUCUUGCCAAUCGGAGUCAGUUAGCCGUGCUCGGGGAAGAAUCAUCUGGAAGCUUGGGCUCUGUCCUACGUCUGACUGCUGAAAUGAACAUACUUGUUGCAACUCAUGAAAAUGGAUCCAUAAAGGUGUGGAGGAACGAUGUAUUUAUGGAAACCAUGAAAUUGCAUGAUGGUGCCAUUUUUGCUACCAGCAUGCUGGGGAAGCAACUUGUCACGGGGGGUCGAGAUAAAGCCGUAAAUGUACAGGAGUUAUUCGCCAACGAGCUCGAGAUUGAUUGUAGACAUCUUGGAUCCAUCCCUACAAAUUCUACAGUAACAGCAUUAUUGUGUUGGCAAGACAAACUUUAUGUUGGAUUUGCGGAUAGGUACAUUAAGGUGUAUUAUUAUGGAAAAUGAUACCUAUUUCAAAUGGGUCUGGUGAGAAAAUCUCCAUUGGAGAAAAUUGUUUAUAUUCUACGAAUAUUCUACAAUGUAUAUAGAGUAGCACUUCAUGUUGUAAUUAUUUUUAAUUCCUAAAUACAUCCAAUUACAUAAUUAAUUCUUUUUUGCAGCUAUGAAGUUUAUAAUACGCAACACAAUGUAAUUGAUAUAUAUUUGAAUUUUCUUGAAAUAAAGGAGUUAUGUUUGAUAAGUUUAUA